AACUAUUUACUUAAAUGAAGAGUUUGACGGUACACCUAUCGAUAAUCCAACUCUUACUAUUAAACUUAAGUUCUGAUAGUGAUGGAUUUAUUUUUGUGAAAGUUGUUUUUAAACAAAAAAUAAAGGUUUAUGGACAGUCGGCAGCAGCUCACGUAUUAGGUGACGAAUGUAACAGUGAUUGGGAGUGCCGAGAAGAUAUAACUGGUUCAAUUUGUCACCGAGGAAGAUGUGCUUGUCAACCGUUUUACGCAAGAGUCAAUCAGACCACAUGUUUACAAGCAACUCUCUUGGGUUACGACUGUCUCGUACCGGAACAGUGUUCUUUGAAGGUGGCCAAUAGCAGCUGUCUGGACGGUGCAUGUCGAUGCGUUGACGGCUUCCUGCAGUUCCGGAAGCACACUUGCCUUGGACCUGCAAGACCUGGAAACGUAUGUUAUAGCAAUGAACAUUGUCGCCUUUGGACUGCAGACAGCCACUGUGACUUCCUCAUCCCAAAUCUGUUUGGAAGAUGUUCCUGUAAUUCCCCUUUCAAACAAGUAGGGGAUUCAUGCGUUAGAUCUGCAUUCCAGACUAAAUCUACAAGUGCGUCUACAACCGUUCCUACCUCAACUACUACCAUGAGAAGUACAACUUCGACUUCUACUACUACUGCCGUACCCACUACUAUUACUGUUAGGAGCACAACGAGAAAACCGAAUUCUGAGAUUAAAAAUCAUGAUAUAGAAACCAACGUUAUUGUCGACAAUGGUAUGGCGCAGGUUGUUGUUAAGGAAAGAAUGCCUGGGAAAGACAGAACAACAAAAACUGUACCCACUACAUCCGAUUUUACAACUCGUAUUCCUAAUACGCAGAAAUUUGUUUCUUCCAAAAUGGACUCAACUACAAGGGCUACAAUUUCCAGGAGAGUUACUACGAUGGAACCUACAUCUACGACUCCUCCAGAACUGAUAAUUCCUUCAAUUACGACAACUCUACCUCCAACAACCACAGGCAUAAGGACAAGGGUCGAAACGGGCGACGAAGCUGUAAGCUUGGGUUUACCAUGCGUGACUGACAUGCAAUGCAAAAUGGCUGAUUCAUCUUCAAAAUGCAUAGAAGGAAUUUGCGACUGUAUUAUUCGGACAAAUGGCACACGAUCUUGUUCGGCUAAAAAUCGUGGAUGUAUUCCCGGAACAUUUCAGUGUCGAAGCACCGGUACAUGCAUCAGUUGGUUUUUCGUUUGCGAUGGUAGAAAAGACUGCAGCGAUGGAUCAGAUGAAGAAUGCUUACCUAACAAAUGUCCCCAAGAAGCUUUUAGUUGCAAAUCAUCAGGAAAAUGCAUAUCGAGAGCGAGCAGAUGCGAUGGAUCCAAGGACUGUGCCUUGGGAGAGGACGAAAUGAACUGUCAGGCUAUCGGAAGAAAAGGUUGUCCACCAGAUACUUUUCAGUGCAGAGAUGGGAAAUGUCUACCCGAGUACGAAUUUUGUAAUGCUAUAAUUGGUUGUAGUGAUGGCAGUGACGAACCACCUCACAUUUGCAAAGGCCGAGCGAGAAGGAGAAGAACAGAAUAUUGUCCUUUACGAUGUGGAAAUGGCAGAUGCCGAUCUAGCGCAAUUGCUUGUUCUGGAAGAGAUGGUUGCGGUGAUGGCACAGAUGAAAGUCAAUGUUCAGUUUGUAGAUGUCCCGUGAUUAAGAGCCGCAACUUAUAGUUCGUUUAAUUUUUCGUUUGACUUUGUACAAUGCCAAAAAUUUUGUAAAUUAUUUUUACUAUACGAAAUAAGUUCUUAGGUAUUUACUUAAAGAAUUGUACGUUAGUUAGGUUUUUGUAAUGCUCAAAACUAUUUAAUUGUAUUUUAUAGAUAGAUUUAUUUAUUUACAGUUUAGGUUCCUAGGUGAAUAAGUUCUGUAAAAAUAAAUGUCUUAAGUACCAA